CCCAUUUGACUCCAAAAAAUUGCAGAAGCCAAACCAAACCAAACCAUGAACCUGAUUGAUUGACUUGAGUCAAUCACUAAUCCUAUCCUUAAUUGACAUUAAUUAAACCCUCUAAUCUUUUACCAUUUCUUCAUUUUCAAGUCUUGGUUUUGGUUUUAUUUCAUUCUAGAAGAAAAGAAUACAAUCAUCCAUUUCCACCAUAAUUACUUUACUUUAUUUAAAUGGGUUAUAUUUUAUUUUGAUUCUUUUCUAAUUGCUCAUUGUUUACUGUUACUACUAAUUCUGUCUCUAUCAUGCUCAUUUGUUUAUUCAACUCUCUGAAUAUCUUAUGUCUAAUCUUUACUCAAUCUUGAAAUAAUCUUUGUUCUAAUCUUACACGCCAACGCUUCUUUCUCUUCUUCAUCUUUUCAAGCACAAUUUUGCUUCUACUUCUCUUCUUUAUCAUCAACAUCACUGGACUUUUUCUGGGUUUUUGAUCAAUGGCUGAAUUGGUUGGGCCAAGAUUGUACAGCUGCUGUAAUUGUCGAAACCAUGUUUCUCUUCAUGAUGAUAUAAUUUCCAAGGCUUUUCAGGGAAGAAAUGGUAGAGCCUUUCUGUUCUCCCACGCGAUGAAUGUUGUUGUAGGGCAAAAAGAAGACAGACAUCUCUUGACUGGUUUGCACACUGUGGCUGAUAUUUACUGUGGCGAUUGCCACGAGGUGUUGGGGUGGAAGUAUGAGCGUGCUUAUGAGGCGUCGCAGAAGUACAAGGAAGGCAAAUUCAUACUUGAGAAGUCAAAGAUUGUUCAAGAAAAUUGGUAGCCCUCGACUGGGGUCCUAAUUUGUUCAUUCUUGUGUGUUGAUGCAAAUGGAUUGAUGCUUCAUUAUGUUCAUCUUGUACAGAAACUCUCACCCAUUAGAAAAAUGAUUGCUGUUUCGCACUAGUAAUUCUUGCCACUCACCAUGUUCUGAUGAUGUUUGAUAUUGGAUCAGCUAUUCCUUUGUUAUCAAAUUUGUGAUACAAAUUCGGAAACUUGCAAUGUCUGUGGUUGAAAUGAUUGUUAUAAGCAUUGAAGUGUUCUUUCC